GUUUAAUAAAAAAAAUCAGUUUGAGUUCCCUCUUCCUUUCAUCUGCGUCGUUAGCCGAUUCCUCUAAUCACCACCGCCAUCCAUCACCGCCCUGAACAACCUCUCUCCGCUCUGUUCCAGCGCCCCAAAUCUUCUGUUCCGUCGCCUUUCUUCUCCCCGGGACAGUUAGAAGAUGGAGUUUUGCCCAAUGUGCGGCAGCAUGCUGAUGCUUGAGCUACAAAGUCCCACAAGGUUUUAUUGCAAAACUUGUCCGUAUGUUUGCCGCAUUGAGAGAGGGGUUAAGUUAAAGAGAAAGCAAUUGCUCGUCAGGAAAGGGAUUGAACCUAUUGUCUCCUUUGAUGACAUGAAGAAUGCACCCACUGCUGAUGUACCUUGCCCAAAUUGCCGCCAUGAUAAAUCUGCAUAUAAGGAAGUUCAGACUCGAUCAGCUGAUGAGCCGGCAACAAUAUUUUAUGCGUGCUUGAAUGAAAAGUGUAAGCAUCGAUGGAAUGAAUGAUAUUGAAAUGGAAAGCGUCACUCUUCGUCUUCUGCUACUACAAGUGGUGGUGUGGACUAAACAAGUGUGUUUGUGUAGCAGAAAACACAGAGAUGUAUUUGAUAGCAAUCCUAAUUCCUAUUCCCAUGGAAAUUAAUAACCCUUUUCGUUUUUAGUGUUACAUUUUGAUAAUAACAGUGAUGAAACCGCGUAUCAUGUUUUUCUCCUC